AUGUGUAAAAUGGGGGAGAAAAAAUCAAAAUUUGAAGUGUGUGAUUUUGGAGCUUGGACUAUGAAUGUUGUGAGUUCUGUGGGCAUUAUCAUGGCCAACAAGUUGCUCAUGAACCCCCAGGGCUUUGCUUUUGGUUUUGCAACAACUUUGACUGGCUUCCACUUUUCAGCAACCUCCUUGGUUGGUUUAGUGUCAAACGCUGCUGGUUACUCCACAUCAAAGCAUGUCCCAUUAUGGGAACUCAUUUGGUUUUCGAUUGUCGCAAACACAUCGAUCGCAGGGAUGAACUUCAGCCUCAUGCUCAACUCUGUCGGAUUUUACCAGAUAUCAAGGCUAAGCAUGAUUCCUGUGGUGUGUAUUAUGGAGUGGAUUCUCCACGGGAAACACUACUCAAGGGAAGUGAAAAUGGCCGUGGCAAUGGUAGUAAUAGGUGUCGGAGUCUGUACGGUGACCGACGUCAAAGUUAACGCCAAAGGUUUUCUCUGUGCUUGUGUAGCAGUUUUCUCCACAUCCUUGCAACAAAUUACAAUAGGUUCCUUACAGAAGAAAUACUCAAUAGGCUCUUUUGAAUUGUUGAGCAAGACAGCUCAAAUUCAAGCUAUUUUCCUUCUACUUUGCGGUCCAUUCAUCGAUUACUGCUUGACCGGAAAUUUCAUAUCAAGCUAUAACCUUUCCAUUGGAGCCGUUAUUUUUAUCCUACUCUCUUGCACUUUAGCGGUAUUCUGCAACAUCAGCCAAUACCUCUGUAUUGGGCGUUUCUCAGCUGUGUCCUUCCAGGUUUUAGGCCACAUGAAAACUGUGUGUGUCCUAUCAAUGGGUUGGUCACUCUUUGAUAUGGAGAUGGGUCUGAAAAACAUACUUGGAAUGGCGCUUGCCGUAAUCGGCAUGAUCGUCUACAGUUGGGCUGUGGAGGCUGAGAAGCAAGCUGCUUCUGCCAAAAUCUUUAUUCCUUCAAUGAAAGAAGAAAAUAUCAAGUUGCUAAUUAGUGAGAGAAGUGAACAGAAUUUGAGAUCUUGA